UCCUUUUAUCUUACCCACCUCAUCCCAAUGUCUAUUAGAUAUAUCAUAUAAAUGCAAUCAAUAUCCACACUAAAUCGCAUACUGCCACAAAGUAAAAUUCAUUCACCUCUCCUAGCUUUCUUCUGCACAUUCUUCUCCACAAGUUAUAUCCAAUGGGAGUGGCUUCUCCUCCUCGGGUUACUCUCGCAGCAAUCCUAACAAGCCUUCUAGUGCUCGCACUGCUGCUCGGGGUCGAGAGCUCUUCUUCCUUUGGCCCGAAUGGCUCGAAUGGCUUGGUGUCAAUCGAGAAGGACUACGCGAAGUGGCUGAGGCAGGUGGGCUCUUUCAGGCAUUCCCUGACAAAGAAUCGGGAGAGUUGCACCAACAAGAAGAAGGUGCCUGAGGCCUGCUUGAUCGUCAGAGUAUCCAAGAGGAAGCAAUCAGGAGCCUUCCAGUCGGUGCAGAAGGCUAUAAGUUCGGUCCCUACCAUCAACAACUGCCGGGUCGUCAUCUUUGUCGGCCCGGGAACUUACCGGGAGAAGGUUGAGAUUCCAGCAACAAUGGCCUACGUUACCCUGAAAGGAUCUGGGGCGGACAGGACGAUCAUUGAAUGGGACGACACUGCAGACCGAAAAGGGCCGAAUGGGCGUCCACUGGGCACGUACGCCUCUGCAACAUUCGCCGUGAACUCUCCCCACUUCAUCGCCAAGAACAUUACCUUCAAGAACAAUGCACCCUUACCGCCUUCCGGAGCGCUCGGGAAGCAGGCUGUGGCCUUCCGAAUCUCCGCAGAUAAGGCAGCCUUCAAGAGCUGCAGGUUCAUAGGAGCACAAGACACGCUGUACGACCACACGGGCAGGCACUACUUCGAGAACUGCUACAUCGAGGGCUCCGUGGACUUUGUGUUCGGGGACGGCCUCUCCUUAUACAGGAACUGCCACCUGCACGCCGUGACAAACAGCUACGGUGCCCUGACGGCCCAGAAGAGGGAGAGCUUGCUGGACGAGACCGGGUUCUCGUUCGUCGAGUGCAGGGUCACAGGGUCGGGUGCCCUCUACCUGGGCCGGGCAUGGGGGACUUUCUCGAGGGUCGUAUUCGCUUACACUUACAUGGAUAAGAUCAUCACCCCCAGAGGAUGGUACGACUGGGGAGACAAGAACCGGGAAAUGACCGUAUUCUUCGGGCAGUACAAGUGCUUGGGACCAGGGGCUGCUUACGAAGCGCGAGUGCCGUGGUCGAGGGAGCUCACAAGUGAAGAGGCUGAACCGUUUAUUUCUCUCGAUUUUAUUGAUGGGAAUGAAUGGCUUCCGAAGUCGUGACAUCGAUGCGUGCCUCUCUCGCCUAUGUACUGCAGGCAAAUAAUUUGAUAUUUAAUUGUUCUCAGAGAAAAUUUUGAAUUAACA